UAGCAGGAAUCAAAUAAUGUGUUUUAAAUGUUUCAAUAAGAUAGUAUAAAACAAUUAUUAUGGAUUUGUAUAACACUAUUUCGUUUCCUUUAGUGUCACACCUUGGAGGCUCAGAAUUGGUUGCGUCAAGAGAAUUGAAAGACAACGAUAUAUCGGAGGAAAACAAGGACUGGGAGAAUAUUGUUUGUUGCAGUCCUGUACUAGAAGCAUGGGCACGCUGGGAACUUGAACUCAAGUACUCAGUUGACAAAGCUCUUGGUACAUUCUUCAGCAACGAAAGAAGAAUAAAAAUGAUCACGGAUUAUAUGAAAGGUCGCUCCAUAGAGAUCAAACCAGAUGACUUGUUUGAAUUGGUUCGUUUAGCAGAUAUGCUACAAGUUAGUGACCUAUAUGUUUAUUGUAAAUACCGUAUAUCAAAUCUUGUGAUCACAAAAGACAACUUUUACAAGAUACUCCACGCCUGCACCUUAUACGAUUUUCAACAUGAACAUAUGGAUCGAUACAUUCGAGGAAAUCUAAAUGAAUUGUGUGAAGAAGCAGAUAUUCUAAAGAUUGACCCAGAGUCUGUGGAACUUCUUCUUACUGAUAAAGAACUUUCAUACUGGCAGACAACAAGCAGAUUUAGGUUAAUAAGAAAUUGGUGUAGAGCUAACAGAAGUAAUAACUACUUUGAAAAAUGGUUUGAGUUCUUAGAUUUCUAUAAAAUGGACAAAUAUUACCUCGAUAAUAUUGUUAAAAAAGACUCCCUUGUAAGAUUAUCAAUCACUUGCUUGCAAAGAGUAAAUCAACAUUCUAAGUGAGAUACAAGAUGCGCCAUUGCCGUUUGUUUUUAUUCUGGGCGAUGAUUGUACUGGAUCAAACGUUAUUGAGUUAAAUCUUGAAGACAAACAACUGUACAAAUUUAACUUUCCUGAUAAAAUAAUGGAAACUACUUACGUCCAAUGCGUGAAAUCCACUGGAAAAAUGUCAUUCUUCAUUCCAUCGAAACAGCGGAUAUUUACAUAUGACGUAAAUGACGGAGGUAGUAUAGAGAAACGCAUUGUUUGGAAGGGAAAAUAUCCUGGAAACAUAAGCCAUAUCUUAGAAACAAAAAAAGGCCUAGUAUUCAUUUCGUCGGGAGAAUACUAUAAUGGAAUUUCAGGGUAUCAGAAUUGUAAAAAAAUUGUACGGGGGUCAGUAUUAUACCAUAUGAUAAGCGAAAAUGCAGAGGUACUUAACGUUGAACCGUUCAUGACAUUAUCCUUUGAAGUAGACUGUGUGUGUUACAAUCAGUCAAUGAUUCUGAUGUCCACAACAACAUAUUCGAAAAGGAGAAAUUUGUACUGCCUUAAUCUUCAAACAAACACAAUAACAGAAAUUAAUCUACAAAUCAAUGAGAACCAAAGGUACGGGCUUUUUGAGCAGUCGUCUGUUAAAUGUUUAUUGCCAGUGCAUGAAAAAAUUCUCGUUGUGACUGGAAUGUCAUUUAUGUUAUUGUCAUUAAACAAAGAAUCAGAUGCCUACAAAGUAGGGGAAAGGAAUUGUUCGAAUUUGACUCUUUCUUCACAGGGAGCCGCUUCAUACGUAUUUAUUUCUGAUAAUUUGGUAGAAUUGAAAGAGCGAUAUACACGUAUCAGUUAUAAAAGCAAGGAUCAAACGUCUUUCCAAGAUUGGCACACACUUAAAUUGAAAAGAUUGAAAAUACCUUACUUUAAACCAAUAAUGUGUGCUUAUGUCGAACGGACAAAACUAUUAUGUCAUAUAAUGUGCCCACAUUGUGAUCCAGAUGUCUGGGGAAAAGAAGCUGAAAUGAUCGGAAAAGAGGAAGAGUUGCAACAAAGAAAAGCUGAAAUGAUUAGAAAAGAGGAAGCGUUGGGACAAAGAAACAUAAUCGUGCACUACAGCUCUUACAAUGAAGAAUCUGAUGUUUAUAAUGAUUAUUAUGAUAAUCAUUACCACCAUGAUGAUUAUAGUGAUGAUCCUUGGAAUUAGAGAGAAAUGUACUGGGAUGCAAGUGCGGAUGAGUUUGUUGAAGCUGGGUGGUAACAGAAACACAGUUUACAAUUGAAACUGAAUGAAUAUGAAAAUAUGUAUACAUUAAAAAUAAGAAUGAAGCCUGUUGAGAGGAGAAUAAAAUGUAUAUUAGAUCUGAUCCAUUAAUUUGA